UGGAGGUGAAUGUCAGAAGGACAUUUCAAAGAGAAGAAAACAGGCACAAGGCUCAUUUUCCAUCCUCAAUGAUCAGAGACCUCUGUGGUGUUAACCCAAUCAAAGCUGUGCGAUGCUAAAGCUUCACAGCAGCCAAUAAACUGUGCCACUUUAACGGCUUCAAAUGAAAAUUAAUGCUCUAAUUGAAGGAGAAAAAAACAUGGCGACAUUUCAGAGUCAUGCCCCUCAUCACUUUAAUCACAUCAAUGUAACCUGUGAUUAACGAACACGCCAGCCGAUAGCAGAUAUGACUGACAACGGGAGCUCCAGAAUUGACACCCCGACGAACAUCUCUCUGAGUCCCAGCGACGCCGUCUCUGACUCGCUGGAGUACAAGACGGUGUCCGUGUUCCUGGUCCUGCUGGUGUGUGGCACGGGCAUCGUGGGUAACAUCAUGGUGGUCCUCGUAGUCUUCACCACACGCCACAUGAGGACGCCCACCAACUGUUACCUCGUCAGCCUGGCCAUAGCGGACCUGACGGUGCUGGUGGCGGCGGGGCUGCCAAAUGUGGCGGACAGUCUGACGGGCACGUGGGUGUUUGGCCACGCUGGCUGCCUGGGGAUCACCUACUUUCAGUACCUGGGCAUCAACGUGUCCUCCUGCUCCAUCACCGCCUUCACUGUGGAGAGGUGA